GCUUCAUUUGUAUCACCUUAGGCCUCAGCCCUGGGCAUUUUAAAAUCUAAAUCUUUUUCGCGGACGACUCGUCCUGGUCGAUCACAAUUGUUUGACCGUACAAACGUGUUAAACUUGGAAACUAUAGAAAAAGUCGUUAAGCACUUUAAAAGCCCUGAUCACAAACCUGUUUACAUUACCACCCCUAUAUAUUACGUUAACUCUGUGCCACAUAUUGGUCACCUUCAUACAACUCUUCUGGGAGAUUUUUUGGCUAGGUAUUAUAGGUUAUUCGGCGCUAAAGUUUUUUUUACUACAGGAACUGACGAUCAUGGUUUAAAGGUGCAACACUCAGCUGCACGUCUUUCACAACUUGAGGGACGAAUAAUUCGUGAGAAGGAGUUUUGUGAUUUCAAUUCCUCUCGUUUCAAAAAACUCUUUAAGGAGGCCAACAUCUCGUAUGAUAGAUUUAUUCGCACAACAGACCAAGAUCAUAUUGAGACUGUUAAAUUUGUCUGGGAUAUAUUAGAAACAAAAGGAUUUAUUUUUAAAGCAGACUACAGCGGUUGGUACGAUGCUAAUGAAGAAGUUUUUGUUCCUCAAUCUUUUAUCGAAGCAGACAAAUCAGAUCAUGAAAAAAUGCUCAAUCUUAACACGGGAAACGUCGUUCACUGGAUAAGUGAGUCCAAUUACGUAUUUUCUACGGAAAAGUUGAGGAACUGCAUAGAAGACUGGCUAAAAAGCCAACCUUGCCACCCGAAGCGUUGGUCGGCCAUCUACGCUGCUCAUUUUCUUUCCAGCAAUAACGUUAUUUCUCUUUCUCGGCCUCUUCAGCGGAUGCACUGGGGAAUUUCUGUUCCAAACGAUCCUUCGCAAACAAUUUAUGUCUGGUUGGACGCACUAACAACUUACUUAACCUCCGCCGGGUUUCCCUGGCCUCCCUGUCCCUCCACCACGUGCUGGCCGGCGGAUUAUCACAUCAUUGGGAAGGACAUCAUCAAAUUUCACAUGUACUACUGGCCAGCGUUUCUUCUAGCGCUGGACUUGCCUUUGCCGAAAAAUAUUAUCUGCCAUGGCCAUUGGCUCAGAAACGGUAGAAAAAUAUCUAAAAGUUUGGGAAAUGCUGUUGACCCGUUUGAACUUAUUAAGACGUACGGAGAAGAAGAAUGCCGUUUUUAUUUUUUGAGUUCUUCCAUAUUAGGAUCGGAUGCGGAAUUUGAUGAAGCUACUUUGAUUAGUAAAAUAAAAUUUUUACGCGACGCAAUUGGAAAUUUGUUUUCCAGGUGCAUUAAUGAGCGAAUCAGCGGUCACGUGCAGGAGAAAAGCUUGGUGGAUGGUAAUCUCGCUUUGCUGCCUUGCGAUCUGCAGCUUCUUGGAAACUUGGCGGAUUUGAAAGACAAAGUACACAAUUUCUAUAAAUACGGUGAUUCUCAUAAGGGAAUCUCAUUGGUGGAAAAUAUCAUCCAUGAGACGAACAAAUAUUUUUAUGUUAAUGAACCAUGGAGACUUUCUUCUGUUAGUACAGCUCAAGAAAAGGACCGCCUCAACGCUGUUGUUGCUGUAAUAGUAGAAGUUCUUCGUGUCUCUUCACUUUUCCUUCUUCCCGUCAUGCCCAAGAAGAUGUCAAGAUUGUUAGACAACCUCAACAUUCCUGAAAAACAGAGAAAUUAUACUUUCAUUAGCCUACAAGGCGCUAAGAAAUCCCAGACAGCAUUUAAAAAUCUCAAAGACCAUCUCUUUUAAAGGUUCUUUAUAUCCAUGUAUCUUUAAAGCGUUAUAAUAAAAUAAACUAAAUCGA